UUUGCCUUAUGAUUCUCCAUUUAAAAGCUAAUUAUUUUUAUGGUUUCAGCUUAAGGUCACAUGCAUCCUACCUCCUAUUUCUAAUGAUCCAGAAGCUGAUGUUUGCAUGGAAGACGAAGCUAAUAAAGAUCUGGAUGACAUGGCCGAUUUAUCCAAGAGAGGUUAUAAGUUUAAAAUUAGAGAUUGGCGAAACAUGUCAGUAGACCUAUACGGUGCUAAUGAACAAAUAAGAAGAGCAUCUUUACUGUUUGGGAAUGGAGGGAUGAGUCAAGCUUCUUCUUCGUAUCAGGAGGAGUCUUUGGAAUCAAAGAUCAACAGAAUCAGCGAGAUGGUGGGAGAUAAUUUAAGGAUCAUGAACGAUCGUUUGUGUUUGAUUGAAAAAGACAGGAAACAGAUUAAAGAACGUGUGACAAAACUAGAGAAACUACAAAGAGUUACUUCAUAUGAAACUCCAAACAAUGAGACUGACACAACUCCAUUUCAUGAGACGGCUUCCAGACAAGGUGAAGCCAAUGCAGAUCAAGCAGAUGAACAACUUAACAAUGAGGAUACACGAGAGCCUAUGAAUGAGAUCACGAAAGAGACACCUGGUUCUCCAAUAGCUCAACAGAAUAUUGAGACUCCAGUCCUUACUCCAAUUCAGACGCAGCAGGAGACUCACGAGCUUAUGAAUGAGAUCAUUUCACCAAACAUUUCCGACACACAGCCAAAUACCCGAGCUCGCAGAAAUCUUUUAACAGAGCAAAAUAAGGAUGUAGAAAGCAGAGUUCAAAAUCCCUUUGAGAUCGGAGCAAAUGUGGAGAUUUCAUCACAAGAUGACAAUACUUGUCAUAAAUGGUAUCCAGGAAAUGUGUUGGCAACAUAUUUGGUUGAUGGGGUUGAGAUGGUGAAAGUUGAGUACUCCGUCCCGUCUCUGGACGAAAAGAAGAGGAAAAGGAGUGUUGAGACACGUGUAUCAAUUGACAGAAUACGUCCUCAACCACCACCUGAGAGAUCUGGAGCGAAGAAAAGUUAUGAGCUAAUGCAGGACGUGGAGGCGUUCGACAAUGGUGCCUGGUGCGCUGGAAAAGUUAAAGUCAUUUUGUUUGAUGGCUCGUGUUUUGUCUCUUUGAACAAUUCUAAAGAACAAAUUUACUUCCACCAUUCUGAGAUGCGAAAACCAAGAAAAUGGGUAGAUGGUGUUUGGGAGAUGACAAAAAAGAUGGAAGAAGAGCAGACGCAGAGUGUGAAUCCAAGUGAAGGAGAUGGUGAUAAAAAGGGGAAGGCGAAGGCUGUCGCUUGUAAGAAAAAUGAAGCAGCUGGUCCAUCAGAAGAUGGUGUUGGGAAAAUGGCAAAAGAGAUGGAAGUAAAGCAGGGUAAGAGUGUGAAACCAAGUCAAGACGAUCAUGCAAAAAAGGGGAAGCCUGAUGUUGGUAAGAAGAAGAAAGCAAAUGCUCAGCCAGUAGAUUUGCUUCCUUUUCUACAGCGAGAAGAGAAGAGGCCAAUACGACCUAGAAACCCUCCUAUACCUGUAACACCUGAGGUAAUCCUUCCAAUUGAUCCAUUUGUGACACCUGAAUUUCCUCGGUUUUCAAGGCUUGCACACUGGAUGGAUCUACGGGGCAUAUAUCGUGUACCGUUUUAUAUCAAUGGAAAAGAAAUUGAAAAAGAGUUCUUUCAAAAAAUGGACGAUGCAGAAAACAAUCUCAACAAAGAGCACAUAAAUGUUGCAUUUGAAAUGCUAAAUUGUAAGAGGGUUGAGCAAGGUGCUUGGUUCCGCAACAACAAUCUUCCAGCAGCAUGCUUUGUACCAGUCAAAUUCUUAGAAGUGGUUGGGUACGCUUAUGAAUCUGUCAGGAAGCCACAUAAGAAAAAACAAACGUUAUUGGAGGGCUGUGUAGGCGAACUUGUGAAAGGUUUAAUACAUCCAAAGAAGGUAUGGCUGGAAGAUGUUGAUGUUAUAUAUGGUGUCAUUGAAGAUAAGUUGAGCUAUCACUAUAUUGGGGUGGAGAUACAAUUGAUGGACAACACAAUCACACUCUUCCAUUGUGGUCUUCCAAAAGCAAAUAUCAAACGUGCUCUUAAUCAAAUCCAAGAACUGGCAGUGUUGAUUAGUGCCAUAAAGAUGGAACUUCUUGGUGAAGAGGUUAAUUUCGAAGAUAUCAGUCCAUUUGAAGUUAAGUUUGCAGAAGGGCUUCCAAAGACAAAAUUUCCAUACAACUGUGGUAUUUUUGUUGUGAAGAUGCUGGAAUGCAGGUCACUGGGAUUGAAGAGCAUGGCUAAUAUAAAUGAUGAAACUGCGAUAGACUUACGAAGCAAGCUAUGUUGUGAGAUCUUCGACCAGUUUAUGGAUAAAGAUUUCCAGGAAGGUCAAAGGAAGUGAAAAUGUCAUAUUUGUUCUACUCUGUUUUCUACUCUGUUUUUCUACUUUGAUAUUAAUUAUCCCUAACGUUUAAGUUUAAGUUUGUAAUGAAUUAUCCCUAACGUUUUUUUCAUUUAGAUUGUUAUUGAAAAAUUUUUAGGAUGUAUUGAUGAAUUGUCAAAUGCUUAUGGUACUUUUAGGAUGGGUUUCCAGAAAAAGAGUGAGAAAGCAAAAUGCACCAAAGCCUAGCAAAUUCCUUUAAAGUUUACAAAAAAAAAUGAAAAAGAAUGUGAUCCGAUGUUGAUUGAACUCGUGAACUCUCGAAAGAUGAAUCAAAGUGUGCAGCCGCUGUGCCAAGGGUGUUAUACUUGCCAAAAGCUAUAAUAAAACGAAAAUAACUUUUGAAUAUUUAAUUAAAAACAGAAAAAAGUGUAAGUAUACACAACGGGGAUCGAACACGGCUUAUUGUGUGAUAAGGGUACACUAAGAGUAGAAGGGCUUGCCACUAGGCUAUGGUGGAUAUUCGAUAACAGAGUAAAUGUGAACUUAUUUAUUCACAGACGAUAGAUUUAUAUAAUCUGGAUAUCAUUUUAGGUAUUCAGGAUAGCUUUCCAAAAACAAAUUCCUUUAAAGUUUACAAAAAAAAAAUGAAAAAGAAUGUGAUCUGAUGUUGAUUGAACUCGUGAACUCUCGAAAGAUGAAUCAAAGUGUGCAGCCGUUGUACCAAGGGUGUUAUACUUGCCAAAAGCUAUAAUAAAACGAAAAUAACUUUUGAAUAUUUAAUUAAAAACAGAAAAAAAUGUGAGUAUACACAACGGGGAUCGAACACGGCUUAUUGUGUGAUAAGGGUACACUAAGAGUAGAAGGGCUUGCCACUAGGCUACGGUGGAUAUUCGAUAACAGAGUAAAUGUGAACUUAUUUAUUCACAGACGAUAGAUUUAUAUAAUCUGGAUAUCAUUUUAUGUAUUCAGGAUGGCUUUCCAAAAACAAAUAAGCAAAUCAGAUAACCAAGUUACAAGAACACUAGGCCAAACCAUUACAAAAUAGUGAAAAA